UAGUGGUAUAAAUAUUAGUCGAGUACACCUAGCUCUUCCAUAUGUACUAGAAAGGUAGUUUAGUAAGAGAGACAUAACAAAAAGAACUCCCCCUCCUUACCCUCCCCACCCCUACCCCAAAAAAGAAGAAGAGAAAUAGAAAAGAAAAUGGUUCAUCAAGAAGAAGCCAGGAAAGGUCCAUGGACAGAACAAGAGGAUUUCAAACUAGUCUGCUUUGUGGGACUAUUCGGAGAUCGAAGAUGGGAUUUCAUAGCAAAAGUUUCAGGUUUGAAGGUGGAGGGAGACAAAAUAAAAUAGGUAUGGUUAUUCGGAGAUGGCGGAUUAUACAAAGGAGCAAAUUUUUAACCAAGUUUUGCUGCAUAUUUUUGUUUUUGUUUGUUAUGUUUAUAUUUGUAGGUUUGAACAGAACAGGCAAGAGUUGCAGGUUACGUUGGGUUAAUUACCUUCACCCUGGCCUUAAACGUGGCAAGAUGACUCCUCAAGAGGAACGCCUUGUCUUAGAGCUUCAUUCCAAAUGGGGAAACAGAUGGUCUAGAAUUGCUCGGAAAUUACCGGGACGUACGGACAACGAGAUUAAGAAUUACUGGAGGACCCAUAUGAGAAAAAAAGCUCAAGAGAAGAAGAAAUCAACAACAACAACAACAACAUCGAAUUCAUCAUCAUCAUCAUCAUCUUCAUCGCCACCACCUGAUCAUGAUGUGUCGUCUCCAUCUCAAUCUUCAUCCUCAUCGAACAUUACGACCGUGGAAUCCUUACCCUUCCCUGACAGCACCACUGGAGUGGAGAGCUUCUACGACACCGGGGGUCGUGUCGUUUCAGCCUAUGAUAAUCGUGGUCACGACAAGAUGAAAACAGAGGCCAAAAACCAUAUUGAAGAUGAGCAACAAACCGCCGCCGCCGCCGUUGCAGGGUGUUACUCUAUGGAUGAUAUAUGGAAGGAAAUUUCUUUGCCUGAAGAGGGUGUCUAUAACUGCAACAAUCUUACCUCUACACCUUUAAUAGCGGUGGCGGAGCCCUCUCCGCCAGCGUGGGAUGAAUAUUACUGCUCGGACUCGCUUUGGAUAAAUAAUUUGGAUGAAGAAGUGAGUAAUAAGUCCCGAGGUUUUACUCAAACUACUGCUACUGCCAUUAAUGACCCAUUCAAUUACGCUUGCUUCGACUAUGGAGGAGCGUUUCUAACAGGCUGAUCUUUAGGAUUUUAUUUAUUAAGAUUUGUUAAUAUAAUAUGUAAAAUAAUAAUAAUUAAAAAAAAAAAAAAACACAGUAUCGAUCGUAAGUAGCAAGGUCUAAGUCCAAGACUAGUACUAGCUAGUACUACCACUACGUCGUCGUUUCAACUCUCGAACUGUCAUAUUAUGGGCUAACCUCUAUAUGGGUUUUCUUUCUCAGUCAUAUGAUAAACUCUGUCAGCUUAGCUUGGCUUCUUCUUCGGUUCAACGCAGUGGGCAAGUGGCAUAUGCAUAGUAGUUUUAAGCAGUUUAAAUUCUCUGUAUUCGUAUCAACAUUAUGCUUUAUUAUUGUGUGUACGUAUUCAGUUUAGUAUUUUUUUUUUCUUUUUUUUCCAUAGGGGUUUUGUUUUAGAGAAGGGAGAAGCAAGUUCUUUCAUCAAGAAAAUCCCAUCUACUAGUUUGGUCUAUAAAUAUCAAAACUUCAUGUAACAUUGUAUGAUACACGUCCUUUAUAAGUUAAAUCUUAAUGUAUAAUUAUCUUUUUAGUUUAGAA